AUGCCUAAUGUAUACUCAAGACACUCCAACCUGUUCAAGCCGGAAAGAGUAGCAGAGAUUUUGCAGCAAAUCAAGAUUGAAGAGGACUUAAGCUCAGGGCAACAGCACAAAGUAUUCCCAGUGGACUUCAAGACAUUCAAAUACACAUUCCUGGAAGGCACCAAAUUCAACACGAAGUGCGCAUUUCUAUAUGAAUGGUUGAAUGAACUCAAGAAAGCUAGCAUCAUAUGCCGUAUUUCACCUAAGGAAGUCAAAGCAGCAAGUCCCACUGUCCUUGCCCAGAAGGCACAUGGCUCAGGGAGCCUCCCACUCUAUGAACUACUGCAUUGUGUCAAUGACCAGUGUGCUACGCAUGGACUACCAACAAGGGAUGACCUACCUCAGAGGCCAACUAUCAGGAAUACAGGCACCAAUAAGAAUGAAGCAGAACUUUGCAGAGAUCAAUCACGCUAG